AUGAAAAUACUCAAGAAUAAUGCUUAUCAUUCACCUGAGCUAUCAGAAACAGAUUCGGAUAAUAAUGAGAAAAAUGUCAAAUAUGCUAAAGAAGAGUAUAGACAUGGUGAAACUUCUAUAACUGGAAUGAUCAGAGGAGCUAUUCAAGAAGCUGAUUUACGAAACUAUCAAGUUAAUAUACCCGCUGAUGAUAUCUCUGAUGAUAUCCCAAUAUAUUAUACUGAUGAAGAAGAGGAGGAUUAUGAUAUUGAAGAAUGA